AUGUCAUCUAAACUGGCAACUGCCAUCAUUCUUCUCCUCUUAUUGGGUUGUUGCAGUUUCUCACAAACAAUCCUCGCGUUCCAAACAUCAAUUUUUAACUUUAUCUACUCAACCACACCUAAAACUUUUCUCAUCUCUUAUCCAUCGGCCACAAUCUCUGGCACGAACCGAUAUCAGACCACUACUACAACGCCCUAUUUUUAUAUCAAGACACAAAUAAUAGGUCUUCAGACAAUUCCCUUGCUACCUACAUUCCAGGUGAUAAAUUGUGGAGUUUUGGUGUCACCACUCUUGUCAAAUUCAACAAGUUUAGUGGAAUUUUUCACAUGUGAUUUGCCGACUGUUGAUCUGCUCUCACAAACAGUCACAGUGAAAGUAUCACCAAAAACAGCACAAUUUAUAGAGGGAACUUUUGUUGUGAAUAUGGGAUUGCAAUCUGGAGUUUUAUUAAAUGUGCUGAGUUCAGUGUUGGGAGUGGCAAAUCCAGUUCUGUCACAAAUUGAGAUUGAUGUUUUUAAUACAAAUCGAACGGACACUGUUCUGACGAGUGGAUACUCAAUGAUGGCUCUAAAUUUGUCUAUGCCUUCGUUUUCAACCAUGAAUCCAAUGCUUCCCGAGCCAGCUAUCGAUUCACAAACAGGUGAAAGAUUCAUGCCAAUGAAGAAGAGUUUUUUUAUCAAUGCCAAGUUGAAUACUAAAUUGAAAAAUUCAAAUGCCAAUAUUAGAUAUAAUUGGGACAUUGUGAAAAUAAGUGAUAAAACAAUGGAAAUGAAAAGCUCUCUUUCAAAGACUAGUUUGAUUAAGAAUACGUUGGGAAAUUAUGAGAAAGUCACUAACUAUCUUCAGGAUAGAGAGCAAACCAAUCAAUUGGGAAUUUCCAUGUUGACCUUCUCAGAAGAUGCAGAUUUUGAUUUUGACUCUGUUUAUAGAAUUUCAUGUGUUGCCAAAUGGUGGAAUAGCACAAGUGCUACUUCAAUCAUGAUUGGAAGAUCGAAUGAUAUUUAUUUGAAAACACCAAAAAGAUUUUUCCCUCAAUUUGCUCAAUUUAAUUCAGUAUUUUCAAUUUCACCACUUGUGGAAAAGAUGACAAUAGAAUUCACCUUCAAUGUCACAGCACCAUUUGUGUAUGACGAUCAAUCUAAUACUCCAGCAGAUUCCAACUUGAUGUUUGCCUUUGGUUAUGUGAAUGCAAAACUUGCUACUCGUUUGACAGGUGGUUCAGAUGUUGUCAUUAAAUCAGGAAUGGCUGACAUUCCAAAUUCUGAACUUUCACAAUAUGUAGUUCAGAUUACACCAUAUUCUUCCAGCAAGCUACACAAAUCCUACCUUCCUCCAGGAUUUUCUCUAAGAAAUGCAGAACAUUUUAAUAAUACAAUGAUUUUGGAUAAUGCACCAUUGGAAUAUAGACAAAAUCCAGUGCUAUUCGUUUAUGAUAGAUAUUAUGGAUUGAAUAGGGUGUUUGUUUUGAGUGGUGGAAUGUGUGUUUGUCCAGUUCCUCUCGAUUCUGUUUAUCCAUUCAUGGAAAAUUUAAGGAAUAGAGUUAUUCAGGGUACCGUCGAUUCGUUUCAAAUCAAAUCACUCAUGGGAAUGGUACAGAAAGCCUAUGAUGGAGGUGAUCCAAAAUAUAUUGACCUCAUUCAGAGAUCAGCAUUUGGAGUGUUUAUUUCAUUGUUGAACACUAUUGAAACACCAAUCACUAAUCCAAAUAACAAGACUGAAUAUUCAAAGGCAGUUUCGAAUAUCAUGGUUGCAGCUAAAAUUUUGGAAAUGUGGUCUUUCAAUGCGACUCAAUAUCUGUCAACAAUGGCCAUCGAUAUGGAGAGUGACAUUGUGAGUGGAAUUCAAAAGUUUGUUAACAUUAUUAGAAUUGAUGCAAGAUCCAACUCAUUCACAGGAGAAAGUUCUAAAAAUCAACCAUUGGGUAGAAUUGACUCCUCAUUCAUUUCUAGUGUAUGCUCUUCCUUAUCCAAUAUAAUCCAAAUCAACCAAUCCAUUAGGUCAAAGCUUAUCAGUUCUAUCAAAUUACUUUCAGCUUCAAUUGUGGAUUCCAUUUCACCUUCAGAGGAAAAAACUCUCAUCACUGACAAGUUGACCUUCAUUGUUAGAAAAGAUUAUGGAUCGACUUAUAACAGUAGUGAGGUGGUCAUGGGUAGCUCAAAUGCCAUAACUGUUCCGCCAGGAACUGUGGUUCAAGGAAAGAAGCAAGCAGUGAGCGAUUCUGAUCUAUUUGGUACAGAAUAUGUGCUCUACAGUGAGAAUCCAAAUUCCGACAAGAAUCAAGAUAACAGCUCACAAAUUGUCAGUAACGUAUUGUCUUUGAGAUGUAUUGAUAAUGGCGGAGAAUAUUUUCCACUUUCAGAUCUUUCAGAUCCAAUUUCAUUGAACUUUGAGGUAGAAGCAUCUAGUUUGGAUUCAAUUCUCAAAACUAACAACAUUUCCAUGGAGAAUAUUACUUGUAGAUAUUGGAAUGAAACAGUAUCGGAUUGGAGAACAAAUGGAUGUACUGUCAGCAGCUACUCAACAAAAGAUGUCAAUGGAACAAUUUACUACUCGAUUAAUAUGAAGGCAUACCACACAACUCAAUUUGCUGUAUUUGUAGAACUAAGCCAAGAUUUGUCAAAUAUCAAAAACUAUACCUCUGAGCAAAAGACUGCCUAUCACGUGUUGUGGGGAUUCCAAAUAGGUAUUGGGUUUAUUAUCUGCAUUGUUAGUUUGGUCAUGCUCAUUUUGCUAUUCAUUUACAGAAAUCAGCAGCCAAUCAAAGCUAAAUAUGUUGCUCCUUUCAUUGGAAUGGUAUGCAUUUUCUUGGACGCUCUUUUGGGAAGUGUCACAAAAAGCGCUGUCAUGCUUGGAUAUUCUGUUUCAGGAUCUGAUUACUCUCCAAUAGCACUCAACUCAUUGACCUACAUUUCUUCUACCAUUUUGGGAGUAGCUCUCAGCAUUAGUGUUCUCUCCUUUUUAAUUCAAACUACAAGAUAUCAUCUCCUCAGAAAUAUGUAUUCCCUAUUGCAAAGAUCAGAAACAAAAUCUCUCCAAUUGUUGAAUAUCAUCACCUCUAAAGGUAUUUACAUUGUUUCUGUUCUUUUACUCUUUGUAUUCAUCUUCCUCUACAUGGGAGGAAUGGCAGCUGCUAGAAUUUCACAAGAGGUAAUUGACAACUCUUCUGGACUAACCUCUAAAAUCUAUACGAUAGCUACCUCCAGUUUUAUUGGAGCUAUAUUAGUUCUUGCAUUGGUAGCUCUUUCUGUCAUGUUCGUUUUGGAUUUGAUUUUGAGUUAUAACAGAUACAUGAAAAUGAACAAAUCUAAAGCUGGUUCCUAUAGUGGAUUGAAAGAGUCAACUGUGGAAUUGCAAGAUGUUCCAAGUCGAAAAGAUAAGAAGGACAUAAUUUCAGUUGAAGAGGCUGUGAAGCUGGUCAAGGAAUACUCAUCGAACGGUUAUAGAUUCUUUAUCAUGGACGAUCCACUUUUAUUCAGAUCUGAAACUCUACUAUUCAUUAUAUGUCUGUUAGUAUUGGUAUCUUCCUAUGUAUUCGGUAUUGUAAAUCUUGGGCUUUUUACUUCAAAUUACAGCACCAAGUUGAGUACUACUGUUUCAACCUUUGAAAUCUCAUUAAUUAUGGAAAUUAUCAGAUUGAUUCUCACAGUAGUUUACUUUGUGUUGUACAUUUUCGUAUUUGGAGGAUUGUCACUCAUUUUCUACUUUAAAAAUUACAGAAAUUCAGUCAAGAAGGAACAGGAUGCUACUCAAGAAUUAGUAGAAUUAUUGAGUGAUGAAUUGGGUGCCAAAUUAUUCGAAAAUUUUUGUACAAAAGAAUUCUCCCUUGAGAAUCUGAAAUGUUACAAUGAAAUUUUGGAACUCAACACAUCUUCCAAUCUUAUCAAAGAUUGUUCAGCUUUCCGCGAUAAAUAUUUGAGUGCAUCUAGUCCCCUUGAAGUCAAUAUUCCAAAUCCUACCAGAAAACUAUUCAUAUCUCUAUUUGAAAAACAAGCUUCACAAUCAGAAUUUUUAACAGCUUUGGACACUUUAAAAAGCGACAUUGUACUAAACCUUUCUGAUACCUACUCAAGAUUUGGAGUUUCUAAAGAUUAUACCUCUUGGCAAAAAUUGAAAUCAGAACGAGAAAAAUUCACCUCAAAGAAUGAUGAAACUAUUGUAGAAGAAAGAUCAGUUAUCAAACCCAUCCAAAAAACAAAAUGUGGUGGAAUCAUUUCUGUGCGCACAUUUAUCAUUAUUCUCAUCACCACAUUGUUAUUGACCUGUUCUCUCAUGAUCUGGUUGACUUCAUUUGUUGGAUCAAGGGAAGCAAUGAGUUUCAUGUCAUUUGAGCUCAUGUCAAGUGUUGGAGAUUCAGUUUUACAUUAUAUGGAUGGUCAAUUGAGACCAUAUAUUGCAGCAACUGAAUCUAUUGCUGAUGACUUCAAUUUGCAGAUUAUUCCAAAGAUUCCAUCACUUUCGUAUUUGCACAAAAUGUUUAUUAGAUUCAAACCUUACGGUAUUGGUUUAUUUUUCAAUGAUUCGCUCAAUAGUGUUAAUGUUUUUGGACUAAUUGGUGGCGAGUUUCCAGUUUGGUAUACGAAACCAAUAGACGAGAAAGUUCUAUAUGCAAUUGGACUAAACACCCAAUCACCAAAUAUCACUUCAACUAAAAUGGUCACUAAAAGCCCGAACUAUGAAACAAUCUCACAAAGUUAUUGGACUGUCACUUUAUCCAAUUUCAAAAAUCUUGACGGAGCUUUUGGAAUUCCAUAUGCAAUUCCAGGAAAUCCAAGUUACACGACCUAUUAUUGUGUUAAACUGUUUGAACCAAGUUUAUACAUGAUGGGUGUGAAGCAGGUAGUUGGAUUUGCCAAGACAAAUAUUUCAUUAAGAAUUAUUCAGACAUUUCUCAAGACAGUUGACGUUUUGAAAAAUGGUUUUGUAAUUGUGGCAGAAACAAACAAUAUGGUUAUUGGAGGGAAUAUCAACACUACUGCUUUGGAUGGUUUCUCUAGAGUUUCUAUUUUUGAUUUGAUAGAUUCGGAUGCUGGAUUCGUAUUAGAAAGUUCUUUUAAGAAAUUUGGUAGUUGGGAAGCAGCUCCAUCGUUUUUCGAAGUGGAAAAUCAUUUUGUUGUGAAAUUGGACUUUUCUUUAGUCAACCUAAAGUGGAAUGUCUUUGUUGUGGUUGAGAAGAAGGAAAUUGAGCUAGUUUCGAAUAUAACUUCUGGAGUUUCUGUUGGUAUCACCAUUCUCAUUAUCAUAUUUGGUGUUAUAAUGUCAAUUUUGAUAAGCCAUACUGUCACUCAUCCAUUUACAAUUCUAGAAAAAGAGUUUAGAAAAAUCAAAACUAUGGAACUUGAAAAUGUUAACAUUUCAGGAAGCAAAUUUUCAGAAGUUGACACAAUUUAUAUGUAUCUUUAUGAAAUGACAGUUUGGCUGAAUGAAAUUAAAACAUUCAUACCAGAGAGUGUUUUCCUUCAAUUACGAUGUAUUGAACUUGAGAAAAAUGGUGUAGAAAGUCAAACUAAACAUGAAGCUUCAUCAGAAUUAGAAUCUCAACAUGAUGGAGUUUUGGAAUCAAACUCAUCAAUGAUUUCGAAAAUCCAAGAGACGAGUAAUUCUUUGUUUAAGAUAGGGUUGAAUAGAAAACAAUGCUCAGUCAUUAGGGUGAAACUUGAGAAAUAUUCGAAAGAGUUGAAUAGUGUUGAUGUUGGAAACUUGUUUGCAAAGAUUAUUUCUGGAAUGACAGUCAUUGCAAAGAAUAUUCAAGGCGACUUACAAGUAAUAACAGUCGAUGACUAUCAAAUUUAUGUUUCGGAUGGAAUUGGAAGAAAGUCUUCGAAUAUUCUUGCCUUAGAAGCUGCUUUGAAACUGAGAAAGCUCAUUUCUACAAUCAACAAAACUUCUCAAUCCCAUAUUCAAUGCUCUAUUGGCGUUAGUUCUGGAAAGAGCAAUUCAGGAAAUUUGGGAACUCAUUCGUUUCGUAUAUUUACUAUUGUUGGAAAUGUUCCUUCGAAUGCAGAGAAAUUAUCCUUACUUGCUUCUUCGCUACAUUGUAACAUUGUUUGUGAUGAGAGUACAUUGAACGAGAAUACGAAACAUCAUUUUGUGUAUCGACCAGUUGAUAAGCUGUUACUAGAUUCGGAUGAAAAUUCGAAUGGAGUUUCGUCUAUUGUUUUUGAAAUUAAUAAGGAAAAGGCAAUAGAAGGUGAUGUUGUUUGUACAAAAAAAAUGCCUGAUUUGGAUGAAGAGAAACCCAUCCAUAAUCAUCAACAUCAACAGGUAAAAGCAACACGCUCGGAGGAAGCACUGCAUCAUGAAGAUGACAAGGAUGAGGAACAAAAUAUUAAUAAUCUUCUUCUUGAUGAUGAUGAAGAUGAAGAACAAUUAUCGGGAGGAGAAGGAGAUUGUAUGUUAGUGAAAAUACAACAGCCAAAGGAUCGAACACCAUCAUCAUCAUUGGAAGCAACACUUUCAUCAUCGUGA